AUGUGGUCGUUACUGCGUCGUCCAACCAUGGCGCGUGUACUGCGAGCGCCGCCAGUAGCAGCAGCAACAUCAACAACAACAACAGCAGCAGCAGCAGGAGCAGGAACACGUUGUAUCUCUUCCGUCGCGCCGCAGGACCGCCUUGCGGUGGAUGCGUCGCCGCUAUCUUCAUCAGUAUCAUCAGUAACACCAGCAUCAGCAGCAGUAUCCGCCGCUGCUGCUGUGCCGCCGCUUCCGCUACGCCCUGAAGCAGGAGGGAUCCCACACACCCCGGUGGAUGCUGAAGCGGCAGCGGCGAGGAGCUGCCGCGACGUCAAGGACAACGACGAGUUAGUGGCAGCGCUGCAGCGCGUGCGUGCGGCAUUGCAGAAGUACCGCGAGCACCCCCCUACCACUUCUUCUUGUGCCGUUGCUUCUCCAGUUAAAACAACAGAAACAGCAACAGCAGAAGCAACGGCACCGCUUCUCUCGUACGUUGCGGCGGCACGCGACACCGAGCUUCUGGCGUCCGUAGUGCUGCUCCUGGAGAAGGACGCCAGCUUUGGUCCACGUCUGCUCGCCGCAUUGCCGGGAGACUCGCUGCGGCUGGCACUCGUCAUCGGCACUGCGCAAGAGUACUUCGGGCAGGAUGCUGUUGAGGCGCAGCUGCGCGCGGUGGACAAGGACAACGACGACAAUAUCUCCUCACAAGAGUACGACGCGUGGGUGGAGUCUGCGGUGCGGAAGCGCGCCGCCACGCGGUUCGUCAUGCCGCGCGGCAACGCUAUGCCCUCACAGGAAGCAGCAACGUCAUCCUCAUCAGGGUCCGUUUCCUGGCGAUUGUGGUACCACAUUGCGUGGUCUGCGGCUGUUCCUUUCAUGGCGUUCGGCAUGCUCGACAACACCAUCUUUGUGACGGUUGGUGACACCAUCGACAAGAGCUUCGCGGAGGCGUUGGGUCUAUCAACUAUGGCGGCCGCAGCCCUCGGCGGCGUGGUGUCGGGGACGGCAGGCAUUCAAAUGCACGGCCUCGCGGACCGCAUGACACAACGCUCGCGUCUUGCGCGGGCGCCGAAGUUGACGGCCGCGCAGCGUGCCUCCGCCUCGCAUGGAAGCGCCGCACGUGCGGGAAGCACGUUUGGUAUGAUGCUUGGCCUCGUGCUCGGCAUGACACCGCUGCUGUUGCUGUCCUCCCCCGCCUCAUAG